AGCGGGGAGACUGCGGAGGGGAGAGCGCUGCACAGGGAGUGGGCUCCGGGGACAGCGCGGCCGAGGCAGCGCCCGGCGGGACGCGGCGCUCGGAGCCUCGGGACCGACCUGCAGCCGCCACCCCGGACCCCUCUGAGUGAUCACCACCAUCACCGCCGCCGCCGCCAUGGGCUCCGAGCGGGACUCCGAAUCGCCGCGCUCCUCCUCCAUCCACUCGGCCGCCGCCAAGUGCCCCAAGCCCGGCCGCCGCCGCCGCCUCUCCUUCCAGAGCGUCUUCUCCGCCGCCGCCGCCUCUGCCGCGGGCGGCCGCCGCCGCGCCAAGGCCGAGCCGCCCCCCGCCGCCCCUCCGCCGGCCCCCGCCGCCCCGCCGGCCCCGCCGCCGCCGCCGCCGCCGCCGCCGCCCCCCGAGGAGGCGCCGGUGGUCCCGGAGGGCGAGGAGGAGCUGGAGUGCCCGCUGUGCCUGGUGCGGCAGCCGGCGGAGAACGCCCCGCGCCUGCUGUCGUGCCCGCACCGGUCGUGCGGGGCCUGCCUGCGGCAGUACCUGCGCAUCGAGAUCACCGAGUCCCGCGUCAACAUCUGCUGCCCCGAGUGCAGCGAGCGCCUCAACCCCGCCGACAUCCGCCGCCUCCUGCACGACUCCCCGCACCUCGUCGCCAAGUACGAGGAGUUCAUGCUGCGCCGAUGCCUCGCCGCCGACCCCGACUGCCGCUGGUGCCCGGCCCCCGACUGCGGUUACGCGGUUAUUGCCUACGGCUGUGCCAGCUGCCCCAAGCUGACCUGCGAGAGGGACGGCUGCCAGACAGAGUUCUGCUACCACUGCAAACAGAUAUGGCACCCCAACCAAACCUGCGACAUGGCCCGCCAGCAGCGGGCACAGACCCUGCGGGUACGGACCAAGCACACGUCGGGCCUCAGCUACGGACAGGAAUCCGGGCCGGCCGACGACAUCAAGCCGUGCCCGCGCUGCAGCGCCUACAUCAUCAAGAUGAACGACGGGAGCUGCAACCACAUGACGUGUGCCGUGUGUGGCUGCGAGUUCUGCUGGCUCUGCAUGAAGGAGAUCUCGGAUCUGCAUUACCUCAGCCCCUCUGGCUGUACAUUCUGGGGCAAAAAGCCAUGGAGUCGUAAAAAGAAGAUUCUCUGGCAGCUGGGCACGUUGAUCGGGGCUCCUGUGGGCAUUUCCCUCAUUGCUGGCAUUGCCAUUCCUGCCAUGGUCAUUGGCAUCCCUGUGUACGUGGGGAGGAAGGUAAGUGUGGGGAGCAGAGGGGUUUGGGGGCGUUCCCUGUGCUCGAGGCAUCCAACCAGAAAUUUAGAGCUGAUAUGAAGGGUGGAUCUUGCAACAGAAGCAAAAUUCAGUUGUCUCUUCUAAAGCUUGUCUUAUCUCCUGGGCUU